AAAACAGUACUUAAUGGAUACCAUCAAAUAGUACAACAGGUGUUUUUCCUGCUGAGCCUGGAUAGUAGUGGUACAACAAAAUCCCAGGGCCCAUUUAGGACUUGAAGAAUAAAGGUUGCAAAAAUGGGAUUGUAAUUCUACAUUACAACAGAAAAGAUGUACUAGAAAUGGUUCAAAUCAUGUAUAGAUAUAUGCAUAUAAUGAGAGUAAAAGCAGCAUAGGUCACCAAGAGGGUUCCUAGAAAAAGUUCCAGUUUACUAAUCUCCUGAGAAUGCAGCAUUCUCCUGAUCUUGUGAGCUUUAUGAUGGAGUUGAAGAUGAUUUUGGAAACUGUUUUAAAGAACAAACAAGAGCUUUGUAUACCGUCUCCUCCUCCCCAGUUCUACUCAAGUCUUAUUGAAGAGAUAGGAACUCUUGGUUGGGAUAAACUUGUGUAUGUGGAUACUUGCUUCAGUACCAUCAAAUUAACAGCCGAAGAUGCUACUGGUAGACAGCAUCUCAUCACUCUCAAGUUGAAGGCAAAGUACCCUACAGAACCACCAGAUUGUUUUGUGGAUUUUCCUAUUCCAUUUUCUGUUUCCUGGACACCACAGAGCUCUCUAAUAACCAUUCAUAGCCAGUUUUUGGCAACAUUGGAAUCACUGAAGCCAUUCUGGGAUGUUAUGGAUGAAAUUGAUGAGAAGACUUGGGUUCUUGAGCCAGAAAAACCUACACGGAGUGCCAUAGCACGCAGAAUUGCAUUGGGGACUAAUGCGUCAAUAAACAUAGAGGUAGAUCCCAGGCAUCCUACUAUGCUUCCUGAGUGUUGCUUUCUUGGAGCUGACCAUGUGGUAAAACCCCUGGGAAUUAAGCUAAGCAGAAAUAUACAUUUGUGGGAUCCAGAAAAUAGUCUGUUACAAAAUUUGAAAGAUGUUUUAGAAAUUGAUUUUCCAGCUCGUGCUGUCCUGGAAAAAUCUGAUUUUUCUAUGGAUUGUGGAAUUUGUUAUGCCUAUCAAUUUGAAGGUACCAUUCCUGAUCAAGUGUGUGAUAAUCCCCAGUGUGGACAGCCUUUCCAUCAAAUAUGUUUAUAUGAGUGGUUGAGAGGACUACUGACCAGUAGACAGAGUUUCAACAUCUUAUUUGGUGAAUGUCCAUAUUGCAGUAAGCCAAUUACUUUGAAAAUGUCUGGAAGGAAACCCUGAAAAAAGAACGUACUACUUCUGUGGCAGAACAGAAACUUUAAAAAUUAUCAAAAUAAUUUUAUCUUCAGAGAAAAUACAGAGCAAGACAUAUUAAUAUCAAAAGACAAAGAAUGAUGACACCAUAAGGAUACACUUCAGCCUUUGUCUCUUCACUAAGAGUAAACUGGGAAAUGUUAAGCCCAAAUCCUGUAGAACUUUCUAACUCUCUGGCCUCCAUAGCAGUUGUGGAAGUGUAUGUGUCCCAAAAUGGAGAGCUUGACUUGUGCAAUUGGCGUGGACUGAUGAUAAAGUCUUGAUGAGAUUCAUAAGAUGAAUUUAGGCAUUGUGUGCAGCUGGAAUUUUGUGUAGUGCUUUUUGCUUCAUUUGAAAAUUCUUGAAACUGACAAUAUUUUUGUCUCUUCCUUAUGAUUUUCUAUGAGAAAAUAUAAAGUUAAGAGUUAGAACCUGUUGCAGUAAAGAUAUUUAAGUCGAAGUUAAUAAUACUUAAAAUAACCAGAUCCAGUAAGUUGUCCAUCUCUUAAAUAACUUUUUUUUGUUUAAGACUUAUUUAUAUAAGAACCUGGGUACAGCCAGAUGCGCGGGAGGGUGAGAGGAUUCACCAGAGACAGAGCGGGGAACAGAACAGGCAGAUUGACUGAAAUACACUGCUGAGGGGAGCAGUGGGUGAGACAGGAGAGGUCUGCCGCGCCAUGUGGGACCCUUGCAGGCCGGCUGGGAUCCAACUGGCGCUGUAGAGGCUGUGGACAGCUUCACAGCACUGCGCUCAACCGCCUGCACCACCAGGGGAGGCCCUUAAAUAACCUUUUUAAGAGACUAUGAAAACAAUUUUCUUGGCAAGACAAAAAGCUGGCAUUAAUUUUACAGGAAUUAAGAUAGUUACAAUUUAGUGAUUUUUAGUCUUUACACAACCAGAAAAGUGCCUGAAGGGUGGACGUUUUGGCACUAUAUAGGUAACUGAUAAAACCCCAAGAAUUAGUUUCUUGUUCUCAACUUUCAGUUGAGUUCUGCUUCACAUUGGUGACCUGAAAUGCCCUCUCCUUGUGCCAUUUAUGAAGUAAUUACAAGGCAAUAUACUAUGAACUACUUAGAAUAACAUCAGCUGAAGAGAAGUUGAAGGAAUAGCUAUUCUGAAAAAUUUCUGCCUUAUUUUAUAAAUGUGUUUUUUUUCUAAGUUACUUGAUAAAUACUACAGGUGAGGAAAGGCCACAUCAUCAAAGUGAAGCAGAAACAGAAUAAUUCCAGGUAGUUUCACCUUAAGUUCUUUGCCAUAAUCAUUUGCAUUGCAUAGUUAGCUGGCCAUAAGGCAGUUUUGCUAUAAGGUAAAAUUAACUGGUUGACAAAGAGGCAGAGGGCCCCAAAGGUUCAGAGUUGAAACCACAUUUCCCAAAGAAGUUUGAACAUGUGUUGGGGAAGUCCUCUACACUGCUAUGUGUUACCAUGUCACAAUUCUAAAGCCCGUAACUGGGCUUAGUAUUAUGCAUCCUGGCAUUUGAAAAUUGAUAACUCUCAAGAAGGGAGAAGUGCAAUGUAAAAUACUAUGAAUAAAACACUUCAAAAUGUUAUUUGUCAGAAUUGUGUGUAUAGAGUCAUAGCAAUUCUGGCAAAUAACAUUUUCAAUAUAUUAAAAUAUUUUCUGCUUUUCACUGUUUAACUAAAGUUAUAAAAAAUAGAGACUUUUUUUAAUGGCAAAAGUGUCUUUUGUCCAAUUAGUCAUGCAGUGAAAAGGCUUGUGUCAAAGAACUUGUCGUUGAAUCUAUGGGACACAGUAGUCUUCCUCCUACCACUCAAAUCACUUUCAGGAUACAGAGUUUAAGACUAUCAGACACGAUGUCUUGAAAAUUGUCUACAAGCUGGCAACAGAGCCUAUCCUUUGAUUCACUCAUGACAGAAACAACUAAAAGAUACCUAGCAUAGGACAUUACUGAGAAUCCUUUAGCAUGGUGGUAAGGCUAAGCACCUCCUCCACCUCAGAGCCCAAUACAGACUGCAUUAGAAGGAAUGCUGAGGAUCUCUUGGAGACAGCAGGCUGGUCAGCCCGCUUAAAAGGCCAUAGGUGGGGAGAAAAUCAGCAGGGAAACAACUGAUGACUUAAAUGACAGAUGAGGAAAACAAAUACUGUAGGAUUUCAUUCAAAUGUGGCAUGUGGAGAAACAGAUUAACUAAAUAAACCAAAACGUUUGGGCUAUCAGUCAUGUAAGUGGAAGGGAGAAGGGGCUGGGUAAAUCAGAUAAAAGGAGAAUUUGUAUAGUGAAGGAUGGAAUUCAACUUUGAGUAGUAUACUUAAUGUAGCACAGAGCUGUUGCUAUUUACUGAUGUACACUGGAAACUUGCAUGUUAUAGUGUAAAGUAACUUCAGUUUAAAAGUUCACUCACUUUAUAUAUAUCUUUCACAAAGAAAAAUACAUACCAUCAAACAGUUUAUUCCUGAGAUUGAGAGAUUGGUAAGCUAAGUUAAGCAGCAUUUACUUACAACUUUGUAUAAAUUACAUGUGGAAGGGAAUGACAUCCCCACCUAGGUAUGAACAGAAGUCAAAUUACUAAAAUUUCAAGGUAGGAUCAUUUACUCUGUAAUCUACAUACCCAGCCUCUCUUUAAGCAGCAACAAAUGUUACCAAAUGGGGAAGCCAUCAUAAAGGAUUUAACUACCAGUUGUCUUUACUUGGAUAUUAGCUUGGGAGAUAACUCAUCCCAAGACCAGUAGUAAUGCUGUCAACAAAUCCUGCAUUGGGAGCAUCAGCUAGCCUUGAAUGCACUUUAGAAUAAAUUAGGAAGCAAUGAGAACUGUUAAUACCCCCAUCUAUUAUGUUGCUGGAAAAGUCAUGACGCAUUUUUGCUUGAAAAACAACACAUCAUGACCUUUCUGACAACCCAUUAGUUCUGAUCAUGAGUAAGACUUCAUUCCUACAGUUCAAAGUCCCUGAAGUAAAUACAAAGCCAAAAAGUUAAAAAAUUUAUAUGAAACAACUCAUCAGAAAACAAGACUGAUUCUUGAGAGGAAAAUAGGCCCCAGAAAGGCUACAGUUUAAAAUAUUUACUUAAGAACAGUCCCAAAAAGCAGAAACAAAUCAGGACAUGAUCAAGUUGAAACACAAAUAAAUGAACUGCUGCCAGAACAAAACAAUGUUUUUAAGUGAAUACGGUAUUCAUGUGUGAUUUAAUGCCUUUUUAAAUAUAUUUUAUUUAUUGUAUAUAAUUCUUAUAUCAUUUUUCAUUUUUGCAUAGUGUAUGCAUUUUCAUUUUGGUUAUAUUCCCCGUACAAUACCCACUCCCCUUAUUUUGGCCCUGAUCCCUCCUCUUCUCUCCCUACCCCCCACCCCCCUUAGUGUGUCUCUGGUUUAUAGCUGCUUGUUGAUUGAUUUUUCUUUAUUAUAAUUAGUCUAUUUCCUGGUACCUUAUUUAGGUUUUCUAAAUUCCUGUGAUGAGUGAGACCAUCCGGUAUUUUUCUUUUUCUUUCUGGCUUAUUUCACUGUGCAUGAUCCCUUCCAGCUCCAUCCGUGUUGCUGCAAAUUACAUGAGUUUAUCUUUUUUGAUUGCUGAGUAAUAUUCCAUUGUGUACUUGCACCACAUCUUUUUGAUCCAGUCUAUUUUUGGGCAUUUAGGUUUCCAUAGCUUAGCUAUUAUAAAUAGUGCUGCUAUAAACAUAGGGGUGCAGGUGCCCUUUUGAAUGAAUGUUUCGGUGUCCUUUGAGUAAAUACCUAGGAGUGGAAUUGCUGGAUCAUAUGGAAGCUCUGUGUUUAGUAGGUUGAGGAAACUCCACACAGCUUUCCAUUUUGCACUCCCACCAGCAGCGUAAGAGAGUUCCUUUUUCUCCACAUCCUUGCCAACAUUUGUUGUUGCUAGUUUUUUUAAUAUGUGCCAUUCUCACUGGUGUAAGAUGGUAUCUCAUUGUAGUUUUGAUUUGCAUUUCCCUGAUUACAAGUGAUGUUGUACAUUUUUUCAUAUGCCUGUUGGCCAUUUGCAUUUUCUCUUUGGAGAAGUUUCGUUUUAGCUCUUCUGCACUUUUUUAAAGAUUUAUUUUAUUUAUACAAGAGCCAGGGUAUAGUCCACAUGCGUGGGAGGGUGAGAGGAUUCACCAGAGACAGAGCAGGGAACAGAACAGGCAGACUGAUGAAAUACACUACUGAGGGGAGCAGAGGGCAGGACAGGAGAGGUCUGCUUGCCAUAUGGGUUGCUCCGAGGCUGGUGGGGAUUGAACCAGCACUGCAGAGGCUGCAGACAGCUUCACAGCGCUGCGCUCAACCACCUGUGCCACCAGGGAGUCCCCUGCCCUUUUUGAUUGGAUUAUUUUCUUUGUUUUUGUUGAGUCUCAUCAGCUCUGUAGAUUUUUAUGAUUAGCCCUUUAUCAUUAGUGUUGUGUGCAAAAAUUUUCUCCCAGUCGGUGGGGUUUCUCUUUGUUUUUGUUAUUGUCUCUUUUGCUCUACAGAAGCUCUUUAAUGAAGUUUCAGCUGUUUAUCUUUGCCUUCACUAUCACUGCUUUGGGUGAUAUGUCUGUAAAGAUGUCUUUGAGGUGGCAUGUCAUGUAGUGUUUCACUUAUAUUUCCUUCUAUAUAUUUUAUGGUUUCAGGUUUUAUGUCUAGUUCUUUAAUUUAUUUUGAGUUGGUUUUUGUGCAUGGUGUGAGGUAGUAGUCAAGCUUCAUUCUUUUGCAUGUAGCAACCCAGUUUCCCCAGCACCAUUUAUUGAACAAACUUGCCUUGAACCAUUGCAUAUUCUUCUCUCCUUUGUCAAAGAUUAGUUCACUGCUGAGGGGAGCAGCGGGCGAGAUAGGAGAGGUCUGCCACGCUAUGUGGGACCCUCGCCAGCCAGCUGGGAUUGAACGGGUGCUGCAGAGGCUGCGGACAGCUUCACAGCACAGCGCUCAACUGCCUGCACCACCAGGGGAGGCCCAAUAUUUGUUCUAUUUCUUUGAAGAAUGUCAUUGAAAUUUUUAUUGGAAUAGCAUUGAAUCUAUAAAUUGCUUUUGGUAGGAUGGCCAUUUUGAUAAUGUUAAUUCUUCCAAUCCAUGAGUAGGGGAUGUUUUUCCAUUUCUUUGUGUCUUCUAUUUCUUCUAACAGUUUUAUUGUUUUCUUUGUAUAGGUACUUUGCCUCUUUUGUUAGAUUUAUUCCCAAGUAUUUGAUUUUUUUGUUUCAAUAAUAAAAGGGAUGGUUUUCUUGAUUUCUUCUUCAGAUUUAUUGUUUAUGUAUAGGAAGGCUACUGAUUUUUGUGUUGAUUUUGUAUCCUGCCACUUUACUAAAAUGAUUGGUUUUUCUGUGGAGUUUUUGGGGUUCUCUAUGUAUAUUAUCAUAUCAUCUGCAAAUAGUGAUAGUUUGACUUCUGCCUUGCCUAUUUGGAUUUCUUGCAUGUCUUUCUCUUGUCUUAUUACUCUGGCUAGGACUUCCGGUAUUACAUUGAAAAGCAGUGGUGAGAGUGGACAUCCUUGUCUUGUUCCAGAUCUUAAUUGGCAUCUAUUGAUAUUAUAUGUUUUUUAUAUUUCUUUUUGUUGAUGUGUUGGAUUACAUUGAUUGAUUUUCGGAUGUUGAACCAUCCUUGUGUCCCUGGAAUAAAUCUUACUUGAUCGUGGUGAAUUAUCUUAUGGAUACAUUGUUGAAUUCUGAUAGCUAAAAUUUUAUUGAGGAUUUUUACAUCAGCAUUCAUUAGAGAGAUUGGCCUGUAGUUUUCUUUUUAUUGUUGUUGUCCUUGUUCAGUUUUGGUAUUAAUGUAAUGUUGGCUUCAUAGAACAAGUCUGGUAUUCCUUCCUUCUCAAUUUUUUGAAAGAGUUUGUGAAGGACAGGCAUUAAUUAGUUUCUGAAUAUUUGGUAGAAAUCAUUUGUAAAUCCAUCUGGUCCUGGGCUUUGUUUUUGAUUACCAUUUCAGUUUUACUGCUUGUAAUUGGUCUGUUUAGGUGUUCUAUUUCUUCUUUAUCUAGCUUUGGGUGAUUAUAGAGUUGUAGGAAUUGGUCCAUCUCUUCUAGAUUAUUGAGUUUGUUUGCAUAUAACUGUUCAUAGUAGUUUCUGAUUAUUCUUUUGGUUUCUGCUGUCACCACCAACUUCUUAACAAAAAGUUCAUAUACUCAAGAAGAAAGGGUGAAAGCUGUAAAAGAAAAUUUUCAUACCCAGUUAAGUCUUUGAAGUAUGUGAAGGUGGUGGGAUCUAGUUCCAGACAAGACAGAGCAAGUGCAUUCUACACUUUUCUCCCUGUUAAUAAAAAUUGAAAAAAACUGGCACUAUCAGAAUAGUAUGAAAGUUAUAGAAGGCUGACUGGACAGGAACUUAAGGACAAAAGGAGUGACAUAGCCACAAGUCACCCCCAAACCCCAGUGUUUUGGUGCCUCUUACGUACCUCAGCAUGGGUCAUAGAAAAGUUUACGAUCUGUAAACAACAUGUACAGAUAAAAACAGGUCCAAGAAAAGUGUGCUGUCUCUAUAAACAGGGGACCAGAGAAAGGCAGUUCUACAGAGUAAAUCUCUUGCUUUAUACCUACUCCACGUGGACAACAUGAAAGCAGCUCAUCAACCUCCUCCCCUCUUCAACUUCCCAUGAGGUGCUGUGUUAACAGUUUCUUUCAAGCAUUACCACCCUGUACUAAAAAGCAGCACACACACCUGUCCUGCCCCUGCAAACUAACAAAGCAGCACUUGUCUCUGCUGGAUGUAAUGGAAAUUAUGAGACAGACUCGUCAACCAUUCUUUGUUUUGUUUUUUUUUUUUAAAGAUUUAUUUAUGCAUACAAGAGCUGGGGUACAAGCCAGAGGUGUGGAGGGUGAGAGAAUUCACCAGAGACAAAAUGGGGGAUAGAACAGGCAGAUAGACCAAAGUACACUGCUGAGGGGAGCAGCAGGCGAAUCAGGAGAGGUCUGCUGUGCCAUGUGGGCCCUGGCUGGCCGCGGGAUCAAACUCAUGCUGCAGAAGCUGUGGACAGCUUCAUAGGUUGCAUGUUAACCCCUUACGCCACCAGGGAGGCCCACGUCAACCAUUCUUAACUUGCACCACUGAGUUGGCAUUUCUGCUGCUUCCUGACCAGGUAUUAUGGUAGUUGGCAUUAUGCUGCUUCCUGACCAGGUAUUAGGCCACAGCUAGGCUAAUCUUCCCUGCAUUAACCCAGGAAGAAGCAAUGCCUCUUUUUCCUCCCACCACACACUUAGAGAUUGACCGGCGAGCCCUAAAUGAUCAUUAAGCCAAAACCAAAUGACUCCCUACUUCCCUGUGGCCUCAACCACUAUAGGGAGAUCACUUAACAUCACUGCUGUGCAUUAUGCAAAUGACAGCAAAGAGGCAGCAUCUCACAUCUUCCUAGCCAGAAAUCCUGUCCUCACUGAUUAAAUAUCAGAGAGAAAAUCAGCAAAGAUAAAAAAGAAAGCCAAUGGAAGCUGAUAUUUAAGAGCACUCUACCCUAAACAAGAGGAAAAAUGACUCUUUUCAAUUGUAAUUAGAACAUUCUCUAGAACAGGCCAUAUCCUGGUUCAUAAAACAAACCUAAACAAAUUAAAAACAAAUUUAUACAAAGUAUGGUCUUAGACAGUAAUAUAAAUUCAAAAUCAACAACAAAGAUAAUAGAAAACUCUUCAAAUACCUGUAAACUAAGCAACACACUCUUCAUAAGGCAUGAAAAGAAAUCUCAAGGGAAGGUAUAAAGUAUCUUGAGCUAAACAAAAUUAAAAAAUAAGGAUGUAUGGGAUACAGUUAAAUUAAACAAUGCUUAUAUUACAAUGAAGCAUUCAAAUAAAUAGACUAAACUUCCAUCUAACUAGAAAAAGGAAAAUAAACUAUAAUAAAUCCAAAAGAAUAGGAAAGUCUCUAAACAUUUGAAAAUUAAAGAAACACUUGUGAAUGGUUUAAAGAGACAGAGAAGAAACAAUAUAUUGAACUGAAUGAAAAUGUAACAUUAAAAUAUGUGGGCUGCCAUUAAUACAGUGCUGGAGGGGAAAUAUAAUACUGACUACCUAUAUUAGAAAAGAAGUUUCAAUUCAAUGAUUGUUUCCACCUCAAGAAAUUAGAGAAAGAGGAAAUAAGUCCGUAGCAGAACAAAGUAAAUAAAGAGCAGAAAUCAAUGAAAUUGACAAUAGAAAAAUCAAACAAAAUCUGGUUUGGGAAAAGACCAAUAAAACUGAUAAAAUUUGAUGAAAGAAGAGGAAAAACUAUCUGGAAAGAAAAACUACAGCACUCAACAGACAUUUAAAGGCUAUAAAUAGGGGAAUAAUAUGAGUAAUUAUACAUAUCCAAAUAUGACUAAUUAGAUGAAAUGGACCAUUUCCCAGAGAACAAAGAUUACAAAAAUUCCCUAACUCAAAAUGAAGUAGAUUAGAAAUUGCUAAACUGUGGGACAAAGGUAGUACAGACUCUACCUGUCUGUAGAGUAUAGCAACUAGAAAUGAGCUUUAUAUUUUUAAAUGGCUGGAAAAAUAUUUUGUGACACUUGAAAUUUGUAUGGAAUUCAAAUUCCAAUCCCAUAAAUGAAAUUUGAUUGAAACUCAGCUCUAUGCAUUUGUGUAUGUACUGUGUAUGAUGUUUUUGCUUGACCAUGCAGCACUGAAUAGUUGUAACCAAGCAUAUGAACUGCAAAACUUAACUAUUAUCUGGCUUUUUACAGAAAGUUUGCCCACUCUUGAAAUUGAUAACUGCAUAGUGUUAGUAAAGAAAUUGAGUUCAUAGUUAAAAAGGAAAUCUCCAGGUUCAUAUGUUGUCACUGGGGUAUUCUCUAAAACAUUUUAAAAAGAAACAAAAUUCUACUCAUUCUCUUCUAGAAAUUAGAAGGAUGACUUCUCAAAUAAUUUUUAUGAGGUUAGCAUUAUACUGAUAGCAAAAAGAGUACAAUUAAGAAAAAUGAAUAGACCUAGGGCCUCCCCGGUGGCGCAGCGGUUGAGCGCUGGGUUGCGAAGCUGCCCGCGGCCUCUGCAGCGGCGGUUCGAUCCCCAGCUGCUUCCUGGCCACCGGAGGAGGGUCCCACAUGGCGCGCAGACCUCUCCUGCCGCCCGCUGCUCCCCUCAGCAGUGUAUUUCGGUCCAUCUGCCUGUUCUCCCCGCUCUGGCUCUGGUGAAUUCUCUCACCCUCCCGCGCUUCUGACUACCCAGUGCUUGCAUAAAUACACAAAGAUAAAUCUUUAAAAAAAAAAAGAUACAAAAGUCCAUCACAAAAAUCUAGCAAAUUGAAUUUAGCAACGUGUAAAGAAGACAGCAUGACCAAGUGGGGUGGUUUUGAGGAAUUAUAAAACAAGUUCGGUUUUCAAAUACUAAUCAGUGUUAUUCACCAUGGUAAGCAGCAUAAAAGUAAAAAAAUGACAUGAACAUAUUAAUUGAAAAAGCAUUUAACAAAAUUCAAUAUUCAUCAAUGACACACAAUUUCAAUACAUUAAAAAUAGAGGAGAGCUUCCUCGACUUGAUCAAGAACAUAUCCCAAAAUCCGACACUUAAUGUAGUAAAUGAAAACCUGGAAUCAAUUCAUGUUCAAUACUACAUUCAUACAGAGAAUAGUAUGUAGCAAUAAAAGGAAUGAACUAUUGAAACAUGUAAAAUUUAGAUCUAAGGGGUGCUGGGGUGAAUGAAAUAAGCCAGUUUCAACAAGUUAUGUAUUGGGGCCUUCCUGGUGGUGCAAGGGGUUAAGCAUCAGCCCUAUGAAGCUAUCUGCAAGUACUGCAGCACGAGUUCGAUCCCAGACCAGGGAGAGACCCACAUGGUGCAGCAGACCUCUCCUGUCUUGCAUUCUGCAGUGUAGUUCAAGAGAUCCGCCUGUUCUGUUCUCCACUCUGUCUCUGAUGAAUCUUCUCGCUACCCCUACACCUCUGGCCUGUACCCCAUUUCUUGUAUGCACAAAUAAUCUUUAAAAAAAAACAAGUUAUGUAUUGUAUACUUUGAUUUAUAUGAUAUGAUUAAAAUGACAAGAUUAUAGCAAUGCUAAUGCUUCCCUGAUUUUAGGACUGGGGGAGCUAUCACAAUGAAAGUACAUGAGGGAGUUUCUUUGUGCUCAUGGAACAGUUCUAUAGGAUGAUUAUAAUGGUUUUUCUGUACAUGUAAUAAAAUUUCAUAAGAACACACAUUGUAAUGUGUAUUUAAAUACUGGUGAUCAAAGAAGUCUAUAUUUUAUAGAAAUAUACCAACAUUAGGGGCCUCCCCUGGUGGCGCAGGCAGUUG